AUGUCUUCUCCAAUCAUCACUUCCAGCCAGCGAGCUGCUCCUGGUGGCAACAGUUAUCUUGAGGAUGAAGUCAUCACUUGUCUCAUGAAUCUCAGACUGAUCAAGCUGCUGCCUGACGAAGCAGCGGUCAAAAAUGGCUUCACUCUCACUAAAUGCUUGACCCGUCAGUACCUUUCUCGCUUACCCAUGUUCCGCAGCCGCUUUCCUUGUGGGAUCUUCAGUGAUGGAUCCUCCGAGGAGCUGCCUCUCACACGAGUGGGUACCAAAGCACUCGAAUUCAUCGGGUUUACAUCUACAGCCGCAGAAGUCAUCUGGGCUCGCUUCCUUCAGGACCAUUCGGCCAUGAAAAAGAUCUUUUCUCGCAACCCUCACUCACCUCUGCACUUCCUCAACUUCGUUGUCACCUACCUCGGCUCCUUCCAAGACCUGUUGGCAGUUGGCGUGUCGCAAGACAGAGCUGCCAAGCUCAUCGGCCUGCAGCCAGGCUUCCUCCCAGAUCUGUUCAGCCACUAUGCAGAUGGUGCUGGAUUCAGACCCCAAGUCCUGUGCAAGCUUGUGACCCACAUGGUCACACACAAAUACCAACAGCUCACUGAGUGGCACUUCGCCCUUCACAAGCUGGCGAAUGAGCUGUUGGUCAAGAAGAAGAAGCAGCUGCUGUGGCUGCCGAAGCUGUCGAUGCAGAAGCAGAAGCAGCGGCGGCGGCAGCAGCAGCAGCAGUAUCCGAUGCAGCAGCAGCAUCCGAGCAGGCCCCGCAUUUCACCUCUUGCUGCACCAGAGGUGUCUUCUCACAAGGGGUGGUCCUUCCUCGAGUCACUGCCUCUCCCAAUGUGA